GGAAUUGAACAAACCGUGAUUUUUAUUAAUUUUCCACGUCGACUGGUCAGCAAAAGUGUGUAACGAACGGCAAGAAAGAAAAAUGAAUGAUCUUGUGCCAGAUGUUGUGGAUGAGGUGCUUCCCAAGGGAAAAUUGCAAGUGACCUAUGCGGUGGGCGUGACUGUCCAGGAGGGCAACGAACUGACGCCUACACAGGUGAAGGAUGAGCCACAGGUGACCUGGGAGGAGGAGCAUGGCCAGCUGUAUACUCUGCUGAUGGUGGACCCCGAUGCUCCAAGUCGUGCUGAUCCCAAGUAUCGAGAGAUUUUGCACUGGGCUGUCAUAAAUAUUCCAGGGAACAAGCUGAACUUGGGCCAAUCUCUGGCCGAGUACAUUGGCUCUGGUCCACCCGAAGGCUCAGGAUUGCAUCGUUACGUUUUCCUUCUGUAUCGUCAGAACCAGAAGAUAGAGAACUCUCAGCAUAUAGACAAACGCACUCGAGAGGGACGAAUAAGCUUCAGUGCUCGCCAGUUUGCUGAGAAACAUGGAUUGGGUCAACCCAUUGCCGGCAACUUCUAUGAGGCACAGUACGAUGAUUAUGUUCCUAUUCUCCACAAAAGUUUCAGCGGCUAGAUAAUCUAGACUUUGUCGAAUGAUCUUCGUCCAGCCGAAGCAAUAAAGUUAACCGGUGCACUUAUUGGCACUAUCAGCAUA